AUGACCGGCAACCCCAAUUCUCUCCUUUCCUCUUAUUUCUCGUCGACCUCGUACCAGAAAAAGGCGGUCCAAACACUGGCUUCGCGGCUCACCCAUCUGCACAUCCCGCCUUCAUCUUCCUCCGCCGCCGAGGACCCAUCUCAGGAUUUCGAUUUUUCCGAUCUGUUCGGACCCGCCGCCGCCGGCGGCGGGGGUGGCUCCCCUUCCUCCUCCGCACUCUUCCUGGGGGACCCACAGGUCAUCCACCACCGGUCCCACUCGUUCGUGGGUCCAUCCCCGCGUUUCACCCUGUCCAAAUCCCUGCCUCCUUUCGAGCGGGAGAAUCAAGAGGAGCUUUACUAUUCAUCCGACGAUAUUGCUGCUAACGACGUGAAAAAUGGAGUUAUUGAGUGUGAAAGUGAGAGUUUUUGUCACGCCGAUGGCACUGAUCUUGACGGCGCCGAUGUGGGGACGAAGAGAGUGGGGCCGGGGGAUUUUGAGAUCAUGAGGGUGAUCGGUAAGGGCGCGUUUGGGAAGGUGUUUCAGGUGAGGAUGAAGGGUAAGAGUGGGAUUGAUGGAGAUGGGAUUUUCGCGAUGAAGGUGAUGAGGAAGGACACCAUAAUCAAGAACAAUCAUGUGGAUUAUAUGAAAGCUGAGAGGGAUAUCCUCACCAAAGUUGUGCAUCCUUUUAUUGUUCAGCUCCGUUACUCGUUUCAGACGAAGUCCAAGCUGUACUUGAUCCUGGACUUUAUAAACGGAGGCCAUCUGUUCUAUCAUCUCUACAGGCAAGGCAUCUUCAGUGAGGACCAGGCAAGGGUUUACACUGCUGAGAUAGUAUCUGCUGUAGCGCACCUUCACAAGAACGGGAUUGUGCAUCGAGAUUUAAAACCUGAAAACAUUCUCAUGGAUGAUGAUGGGCACGUGAUGCUAACUGAUUUUGGGCUAGCCAAGGAGAUUGAUGAAUCGAGCAGAUCAAAUUCAUUGUGCGGGACGACAGAAUAUAUGGCCCCAGAGAUUUUGCAGUCUAAAGGGCAUAACAAGAAUGCCGAUUGGUGGAGUGUUGGUAUCCUUUUGUACGAAAUGCUCAAUGGCCAGCCGCCAUAUACUCAUGCAAACAGAAAGAAGCUCCAGGAUAAAAUCAUCAAUGAAAAGCUGAAGCUUCCACCUCGUUUAACCGGCGAGGCUCAUUCUUUGCUUAAAGGACUUCUUCAAAAGGACCCAUCAAAAAGACUCGGAAGUGGGCCCAAAGGAGCGGACGAGAUCAAAUCCCAUAAAUGGUUCCGAACGGUCAACUGGAAGAAACUAGAAAAAAGAGAAUUACAAACCAAGUUCAAACCGGACGUGAGCGGAAAAGACUGCACGGCUAAUUUUGACAAGUGUUGGACGACUAUGCCCCUGGACGACUCCCCUGCUCCCACACCAACAUCCGGGGAGCAUUUUCAUGGCUACACUUACGUCGCACCUAAUCCAUGGCUUUCAUCCGUGUAA